UAAAUGAAGUUGACGACAGCGCUGCCUAAAACUGAGCAAACAGCCAAUUUACAACGAAGCUAGCCACUAAAGCCACGCGCACACACACCCCAGUCUACCACCAACACCGUAGCCGUCCUUUAGAAUCUCUCUCUUUCCUAGUGUUUCUCAGUUCCGUCCCGUACUGGCAGUCAAGCUCUGAGAUCCUGCAAACCGAGAUCCCAUCGGCUUCCAAGCAGCAGAGACCGAAACCUCAAACCUCACCCACAUUACCUUAUAGUGUCUCUAUCUUUUAUCACCGGAUCGAUUGACUGAUUCUUGCUGAAACAGGAAUAUGUCGGGGGAAGAGAGGUGGUGCGUGGUCACUGGAGGCAGGGGUUUCGCAGCGAGGCAUUUGGUGGAAAUGCUGAUUCGAUACGACUUGUUUUUAGUUCGAAUUGCUGAUUUGGAGCCUGCCAUUCAACUAAGCGCGGAGGAGGAGAGCGGAACCAUUGGUGAAGCCUUGAAAUCUGGCCGCGCUAAGUAUGUGUCUACGGAUCUCCGCGACAAGGCCCAAGUUCUCAAAGCUAUUGAAGGGGCUGAGGUUGUGUUCCACAUGGCGGCCCCUAACUCUUCAGUUAAUAGCUACCAGCUCCACUAUUCGGUCAACGUACAAGGGACAAAGAAUGUUAUUGAUGCUUGUGUUGAACUAAAAGUGAAGAGGCUUAUCUAUACUAGCUCAGCUAGCGUGGUUUUUGAUGGGAUUCAUGGAAUUUUUAACGGAGAUGAAUCCUUGCCGUAUCCAACUAAGCCCCUUGAUUCAUAUACAGCAACUAAAUCUGAAGGUGAGGCUGCAGUAAUUAAGGCAAAUGGUACUAAUGGGCUUCUCACAUGUAGCUUACGCCCUAGCAGCAUAUUUGGCCCUGGAGAUAGGUUGUUCGUUCCAUCUUUGAUUGCUGCAGCAAGGGCUGGGAAAUCCAAGUUCAUAAUCGGUGAUGGCAAUAACAUUUAUGAUUUCACAUAUGUCGAAAAUGUGGCACAUGCACACAUAUGCGCUGAACGAGCUCUAGCAUCAGGAGGGGGGGUUGCAGAGAAAGCUGCUGGGCAGGCUUAUUUUAUAACUAACAUGGAGCCCAUUAAGUUCUGGGAGUUUACCUCACUUGUGGUGGAAGGUCUUGGCUAUGAGAGGCCAAGGAUAAAGAUCCCUGCUUUUGCUAUGAUGCCAUUAGCACAUGUAGUGGAGUGGACAUAUAAGCUAUUGGGCCCAUAUGGGAUGAAGGUUCCACAGUUGAUACCUUCAAGAAUUAGACUCCUCUCUUGUAGCAGAUCAUUUAGUUGUUCAAAAGCAAAGGACCGACUUGGCUACGCGCCCAUCAUAUCACUUGAGGAAGGAUUGAAAAGGACUCUAGAGUCAUUUACGCACUUGAGGGCCGAUAAUCAACCAAAAAGAAAAGGACCAUCUAAGGCUCACAGAUGUCUUGGAGGUGGAAGGGUCGCUGACACGCUACUUUGGAAGGAUAAAAGGCAGACACUGAUGACAUUGUUAAUUCUAAUUGCAAUUUACUACAACUUUGUUGCAUCUCAGUCUACCAUAAUUAAUGCGCUUUCAAAGCUUCUGUUGGUGGUAUCAGUCUUCCUGUUUGUCCAUGGAAAUUUACCAGAGAGAAUAUUUGGAUAUACAAUUGAAAAAAUUCCAGUAUCAUAUUUCCACUUGUCAGAAGAUAAGUCUCACCAAGUUGCUCUUUCAGUGGCUUCAUCAUGGAAUGCUUCUGUUAAUGUCUUAAAAUCUCUUUGCAAGGGGAAUGACUGGAUGCUGUUCCUUAAGGUUGUUCUGUUGCUCUUGAUUCUUAGCUUCAUUGGAGCCAUUAAAUUUCAGAGUUUGUUUAUUAUAGGACUUCCUGUUGCUUUUAUGGCAUUCUCUAUUUACGAGAAACAUGAACAAGCAAUUGAUGCUAAGUUUUUGGAAGCUGUGUCUUUUGGGUGCAAACUGAAAUCUGAUAUGUCGCAAAAAAUUACUGGAGCCAAAAAGAAUGACUGAAGGCUGGCUGUCUUCCCAAUUUCUUUUUCCUAACAAAGCAUUUCUAGUAUCUUCUCCUAUACUUGUGGGAGCCCUUAGCAAAAUAUUUCCAUUGUUUGCAAUGCUGGCAUUCUUUUGCAAUGGCGCAUGUAUUAGCUGCAGGGUGUGAACAGGGUUAUCGUGGAAUGUGAUUGUUUGGAGAUUAUUUCUAUUACGAGGGCCCAGUGGAGGUUCCCGUUUUGUGCAGGGCUAUUUUUGUCACUGUAAAAGCUUUUUGCAGUUGGAUUGGACUGUCAUUCUCAUGUUUUUUGAGAGACUAAUAGUUGUGCCGACUGGUUAGCUUUGUGAAAUAGGAAGAAGAAGAGUAGAAUUUUGUAGAAUAAUGGCUUGAUAACCUUCUCAAUCUAUGUACUCUAUUUAUAUAGAAAUACAGACCAAUAGAUGAGGAUGAUGUUUGUUGUUU